AUGGCGCAUCAUGCCUCCAUGUCCAGUAGCCCCGUGAGGCUGCGAAAAGCUGCUCUUGUACAUGGUCUUCCUUCGCAGGGAGAUGUUAAGAGAAGAUUUAAGAGCCUCACAAAGGUCAUGAAGAAAGCGAUGCUGGUGGCCUCUGCUGCCGGCCUGCGGCCAUGUCAGGGCUACGGGCCAUGUCGGGGCUGUCGGCGGGUCCCUGCAGUCAUUGCCUUCAUUGCCUGCAUGUCGGCAUGUCCGUCGACCUCAUCUGCAUCUGCUGAUGCGCAAGAUGAAACCUCCACUGCUGUCAGAAAAAUCUGUGGUAUCAGCAAAGCCUGUUUCGCUUGA